AAAAUGAAUGGGAGUCAAUGGGAAUGCUAACGCAAGUGAAGUUCUGCUACUUCCGGUCGAUGGAUUACCCCCUUGAUCUAGUCCCUCCCUGUGAAGGCCUUCUUCCCUUUACCUCUGCACUGAGGGUCGUGAGACUGAUUAAGGUCGUGAGACCGAAACGUUGCUAAUAAUUUUUUUUUUAAACGGAUGUGUUGAUAGUGUGCGGGACUUCCUCGUUUGCAGAUUGUCGACCGAUCUUUUUUUGGUCGUUUUUUCCUACGCACCUAUUAUCUGCAUGUGUGCGAUGGUUUUUUGUUAAUUAACUUAACAAACUGAACAUAACUGUGACAAUAGUGUCUUAUUAAAUGAAUCCAUAACGGUAUUCUGUAACUGCAUGCAUCACUCCACGACACGUCAACUUCCCUUUUACAAGUUAAACUGGGUAAAAAAAAGGAUGACUGGGAGGGUCAUGCAUGAAUCUGGGCUGAACCCAAUCUGUAGAUAAAUACUCAAGACACUUCUAGUCACGAUCAUCUGUAAGACAAACAUCUGACCUACUCUCUGAAAACACCUGUUGAACAUCGUGAGUAUUUGAAACCUUUUGUGUCUUUGUCUCUUUUAUGUGAUUAAACACUUAGUAGUAAUAAACUGUUGUAAUUUAGUGUUAAAAACAAUGAAGCGGUGAAGAAUUUGUCUGCUAAAUGGAGUAACGGAUUUCCUUUUGCACUUUUUCCUCCAGACCUGCAGCAAGAUGUUGCUUUUAUUUUUCUGUCUGCUUUCUCUGACGGCAGCGGCGACUGAAGUGGGUCUCGGUGGUAAAGUGCUUCUGUUUCCAACCAAGACGGAGACAAGCUUUGUUAAACUCACUCCUGAAAAGCCCCUGAGUCUCUCAGCAUUUACUCUCUGCAUGCGUGUGGCGACGGAGCUCCAGGGCGAGAGGGAGAUCAUUCUGUUCGCCUACCGAACAUCCAGCGUCGACGAGCUCAACGUGUGGAGAGAUAAAAAUGGCCGCUUUAUUUUUUAUAUUCAGUCUAGUACUAAUGGAGUGGUUUUCCACCUGCCUCCUCUCUCCACGUUCCAGACUCACCUGUGCGUCACCUGGGAGUCUGCGACCGGUCUUGUUGCUUUUUGGGUGGAUGGACGGCGCAGUGCGUUCCAGAUCUAUAAGAAAGGUCAAUCAGUUCGUCCUGGCGGCACCGUUCUGCUCGGCCAGGACCCUGAUAAAUAUGUGGGUUCCUUUGACGCAGAGCAGAGUUUAGUAGGUGAAAUUACAGAUGUGAACAUGUGGGAUCAUGUUCUCUCUGCCAUUCAGAUUAAGGCGGUUUAUUCUAACCAGGAACCGUAUGUGCCGAAGGGAAACGUGUUUGACUGGAACACCAUCAAAUAUGAGACCAGAGGAAAUGUGCUAGUGGUUGAAAAUAAGUGAUUCAGAUCUGAUUCCUCCACACAAUCUUUAUGAUCUGUUAAUCUGUUUUAAUGAGUGACGAAGCUGUAAGGGUUAACCAAUAAAUAUUCUCAGCAUUACAACUGCAGUGUCUGUGCAUCAUU